AUGACGUCCGACGUGUCGACCACUAACGCGUCUCAGCUUCACUCACCUACAUUGGACCAGCGCAACUUGAUUGUUCCUCCCCAAAACCCGCGCUCUCGGACCAGCCCGCACCUCACGCUCCCUUACCGUUGUCCGUCCUCCCGCAUAAUGAUCUCCGACGGCACCCUCACAGAUCUUUCGAAUGGCCUCGGCGUCGCCGCGAUGGUCCUCAUUAUCGCAUACCACUUUGUCGCAGUUAACGGGAAGCGCAUCAAGGAGAGGCAAUGA